GUCAAACGGCGACACCGGUUGUUUUGAUUUGUUUACAGUUUUUUGUGCGCCGUCGUUGAUGAUCAAAAAAGUAAUCAAAUCAGAUUCUUCGUCGAUAACAACAGCUGUUCAAGAAAUUUCCGUCACGAUUCGGUAAAAAAUCGACAUGUUUCUCAAACCGGGAAUGGAUUUACCCAACCGGAACGGUCCUAACAUAAUCACCCAGAGCUACAAUCAUGAUAUGACCACCAAAGAGCAUUACCAAAACACUCCCAGAAGCCAUGGGUGUAAGGAAUCGAAUAUCGUUCCAGCUGGAUGGACCGCAAGAGCGGCCCAGAUGGAAACGGCCACUGAACAGAAUACGCAUCUGGGUAAAAAGUAUGCUUGUGGUGAUUGUGGCAUGGUGACGUGCGAUACGCUACAAGCCAUCAAACAGCACAUGAUGGAGGAACAUGGAUUAGUUAAUCCGAAGCGAUGUGCUUACCCGGAAAGGGUGGACGAUCAAGAAAAUCAGCUGUCGGCAUCAACAGUCCCAGCGGUCGUGGAUAAACUAAACUCCUCUAGCAGCAGCAGCAGCAGUAUACUGUCUGCAUCCUCCAGUACGUCGACCGACGAUAAAGUUCCAUCCUUAUCUCGCAGCUCAUCCUCCUGCGACGAACAGCCACCCAAAACCAAUAAGCCAAAACGAAAGAGUACUCCACGCACGAGAAGGAAGAAGCUGCAGUCGGAACGAAGCCCACCACCCGCUAGCGACGAGGGUGAGCAGGAUGAGGAUGAUUUUUUACAGUCCGUCACGCUGAAAUCGCUGACGGAGAAGUUUCAGUACGAAAAGCCGCACAAAUGCUCGCGGAAGGGUUGCCCGUACAAGUUCGCUUCGUUCGACAUCCGUGACCAACAUUUACGGUGCCACGCGGAAAUCGAUAGCGUACCGGAAUCGGCCGACGGUAGCUGUUCGAAAACCAGCGUACCCCGCAAACGUUUCAGCUUCAAGUGCAGCCAAUGUGACAGUAAGUUUGAUUCGUGGAAACCAUGCCUGUUGCACGUGUGGCGAGAGCAUCAAAUCGAUCUGGGCAUGCUGCGGUGUCCGAUGUGCGAAAAGCGCUACGUCUACACGGUGCACGUGUUCAAGCAUCUGCAAACGCACCGCCGAAAGCAAACGCUCGAUGUGCCGUGCCGGGUGUGCGGCAAGAAGUUUCUCAACACAUCGCAACGCUCGGUGCACGAGGCGCUGCACCGGAAGAAGGAACCGCACGACGAGGAAGACGAGCUGGAGGGGAACGAAAAGCCACGCUGGUACGCGGAACGGCGGUGCGACAUCUGCAAACACAUGUUUUCCAACUCGAAGAUCCUGUCCAAGCACAUCAAAACGGUACACUUGAAAAUAAAACCGUUCGUGUGUAACGUGUGCGGGUACAAGUGUGCCCGUAAAGCGACACUGAACAUUCACAUCCGGCAGCACUCGGGGCUGAAACCGCUGGCCUGCAAAAGCUGCACCUUCCGGACGGCCGACCCAAGCGCACUCAGCUACCACGAACGGCGCCAUCGCAACGAAAAGGCGUAUCAGUGCAAAACGUGUGGCAUUCGGCUGGUGCAACCGAGUGCGCUACGCGGCCACAUCCAAACCCAACACCCGCAGGAAUACCAGCGCAUGAAAUGUACGCUGUGCGAUUAUGCGUCGAUCAAUGCGCAGAACCUCAAACGACACCAAGCCAACCAUAAGGCGGGCUUGAUAAGGACGAACGAUGAAGAUUCGCAGAUGGAUUGUGAGGACGAUCGGCGGGAGCAUAGCCACCGGGCGCAGCAUGGUAUCGGAGCAACAGCGAGCGAACGGCAGCCGGCAACUAAUGCUCCGGAAAUUUCGUUCGACUGCUUUCUGCCGCUCGAGAGCGUUGAUUCCGUGGUGCAUGAUACCGGUGGCAUCACGAUACCGGCCGCGGUCGUUACCGUACCGGCUGCCCUGUCCGAAGAGACGCAGUUCCCGAUUUAAGCACGUUCACGUGAUGCUGCAUUACAUACCGGUUUUUUGCAUUUAAAUUCAAAUGUUGAAGUCAUGGCGCUGGACUUAAAUGUCGUUGCUAAACGCAAGAUUCGAAUGAAAUACGCGAGUCAAAUAAAAUGAAAAAGCCCUUUAAACUUUUGAAUGAAUGAAGAA